AUGACACGUCAUGGCAAAAAUUCUACGGCAUCUGCCGUUUAUUCAUAUGCUGAGAGAAAGAAAGAUUCGAAACAAUCGGGUUAUGGUACACUGCAUGAGCGUCUUGGUGCUGAUUCCAUAAAAGAUUUUGACUGCUGCUCUAUCACUUUACAAGUAUGCAGGGAUCCUGUAAUAACCCCAAACGGUUACAUAUUUGAUCGCGAAGCUGUUCUUGAGUACUAUUUGCAGCAAAAGAAAGAAAAUACUAGGAAGCUGAAAGAGUGGGAAAAACAAUGCAAGUUGGAAGAAGAAAGGGCGGAAAAGGAGAAAAAAGUAAGUGAAGAAUUGAAACUAAGGAAAUUUGCUGCAUUAGAAGCAACACCUGCUCACCCUGGAGGAGAACCGGACUUUGGUGAUGUGGAGAUAAAACAAACGACGUCUGCUGGAGCGACAGCUUCUGGUAGUAAAUUAGGCAAAAGAUCGGUGCCGCCUGAAAGUGAUGUCCCUGGGAAGAAGUCAAAGGAGGAAAGUAUAUCAAAUAUGGAGGGCAAUAAAAAACAUGAGUUUCCCAGCUUCUGGGUGCCUCAACUCUUACCAACAGCAACAGAGACCAAACUUGAAAAACCUGAUCAACGAGUUCUUUGUCCUUUAUCAGGACGACCGUUAAAAAUCAAAGAACUUAUGCCUGUAAAGUUUACCGAGAUGCCAGAAGACAGUAAUAAUAAGAAACUUAUUGCUAGAAAAGUUCGCUAUAUGUGUCCCGUAACGCAUGACGCUUUAACGAACACGACGAGAUGUGCAUAUUUAAAAACGAGCCAGACAGUAGUGACAAUGGCAUGCGUUGAAAAUAUAAUCAGGAAAGAUAUGAUUGAUCCACUGAAUGGUAAAAAAAUGACGGAAAGUGAUAUUAUUGAGUUACAGCGCGGCGGCACAGGUAUUUUUUUUUUAUUUCUAAUUAGUGGGUGGUUUUACACUCCUGAUCUGAAUGUUCAAAUUAGGAUGACGGAAGUUAUGCAAAGUGGAUUUUUCAAAAGGCCGGCACUUCCAAUGCCGUUGGUGCAUUCCUUGGGACCAAAGAGACCUUGCUUGGAAGUGGUGCAGGGAGGUAAUCAAAGUAUUCCUGCUCGCACUUCAAGUCUCAAAGCUCCUAUUAUGAUGCUUAGCGGGCAUGAGGGGGAAAUUUACACAGCAAAGUUUAGUAAUGAUGGGACAUUCCUAGCUUCUGCUGGAUUUGACAUGAUAAUUUUUUUGUGGAACGUCUAUGGAGACUGUGAAAACUUUUCUGUGUUAAAAGGUCAUAACGGAGCAGUGAUGGAUGUGCAUUUUAGUACUGAUUCAGGGUACCUUUUUUCCGCUUCUACUGACAAAACAAUUCGCGUAUGGGAUAUGGAGACUGGCGCUUGCAUUCGAAAGUUUAAGUCUCAUAAAGAUAUUGUUAACAGCUGUCAUCCUGCACGCCGGGGACCUCAGCUUGUUUGUAGUGGAUCGGAUGACGGGAGUGUUCUAGUUCACGAUAUACGAAGGCGCGAUCCGAUUGCUACUUUCCAAAAUACUUAUCAGAUAACUGCAGUUACUUUCAAUGAUACAGCUGAUCAAGUUGUUGGUGGUGGUAUUGACAACGAUAUCAAGGCAAUUGCUUUUAAUAUUCUAUCUCCCUUUCUCUCCGUAUGGGAUCUUCGACGGAAUGAAGUUAUGUAUGUGAUGCGUGGCCAUACAGAUACAGUAACCGGUUUAGCACUCAGCCCUGAUGGUUCAUACGUUUUAUCCAAUGCAAUGGACUGUACAGCGAGAAUGUGGGAUAUUAGACCUUUUGCACCAGAACAGCGCUGCCACAAGACAUUUGUUGGUCAUCAGCAUAAUUUUGAAAAGAAUCUUCUUAAGUGCUCCUGGUCACCAAAUGGUCAAAGAGUUUCGUGCGGAUCGAGCGAUCGUUUCCUUUAUGUUUGGGAUGUUACAUCACGAGCAAUUGUUUAUAAGUUGCCGGGGCAUCAAGGAUCUGUAAAUGCAACAGAUUUCCACCCCAAAGAACCUAUAUUGUUGUCUGCUGGAAGUGAUAAAAAAAUAUUUCUUGGCGAAGUGGAUCCCCGAUGA